AUGCGGGCUUGUAAUAUUAUAGCGGUUUUCUCAACCGUAAGCUGUGCCGCAGCUAAAGACGCCCCCGUCGUUUCUGGCAAUCCUCAAGGCGUUGAAUACACGGCCACUCUGCCCAAGAAACCUUUCUUCCCCAACGCGGAGCUGGUGGGCAACGUGAAGGGUAAUGUUUCGGCAGUGGCAGCUCCUGGCGGCAAGGGUGUCAGAUUCACCGUCCAAUUCGAAAACUUUCCGAAAUCAGGUGGCCCUUUCUUGUACCAUAUCCAUGAGAAGCCAGCUGUCGACGGCAAUUGCACAUCGACUUUGGCGCAUUUAGACCCAUUCGAUCGUGGCGAGACGCCUGCUUGCGAUGAUUCCAAGCCCGAGACUUGCCAAGUCGGCGACUUGAGCGGGAAAUACGGCAAAGUCACCUCUGAUCCUUUCUUGGCUGAGUACUUUGACCUCUACACCUCUAUGAAGCCGGAUAAUCCGGCCUUCUUUGGCAAUCUAUCGAUCGUCGUCCAUUACGCAAAUAAGACACGUCUGACCUGCGCCAACUUUUCCAAGCUGCAGGUCUCAAGCAGUGUUACAAAGUCAGCUCAAACUACCACCAGCUCUCGCACUGCUACCAAGACUCCAAUUACAACUGGUGCCCAUAAGGUCGUUGGGCCUCAUAACACAACAAUCUCUCGCAAUGCCACAGGCCCCCAUCAUGCUACAGGUUCUCUAGCUACGAAAAAUCCCCAUAAUAUUACCAAUGUCCUCUCUGCUACUGGUGCUCCUACUAGCACCGGCAUUGUAACUGCUCCUGGCGGCCUUACCACUUCAGCGAGCUUCACUACUGCCUCUACCAGUGAUGGUGUAAGUGCAGGUGCCACAUCAUCUACUGUCCCCUUUCCAGGGGCUGCUGCUGGGAACAAAAUCUCGAUCUCUCUGCUUUGUGGUGUUGUUGUCAUAAUGCUACUUUCCCUGUGA